UCGGAAUUCACAGAACUGUAUUUGAAUUCAUUCACAUACAUGUACCUUAGUUGUCGCACCGUAAAACCGGUUAUUAUGCAGAUUACUACUUCAAAGUACUACUGUAGUUCAGUAACUGUAAGUUCCUCAAAUAUCCGACAGUUGCCUUUCUACAGUAGAUGCGUCAAAUACCCUUACAGUAUCAGUUGGUAUCGUUUGAUACAACCAGUAGCCAGAAGCACUUCAGGCACUCGAACCUGAUGGACGAUGUGGGUUCAACUUCCGUGGGCAAGCAAACGCGCGACGUGUGCGAUGUCGACGGCUGCAAGGGAAUGACUGGUGUGGUCGUGCGGAGCUGCCAACGAGACGUGUGUCCGCACGUAGUCCACCUGGUGUGCGCGGUGGACAUCCUGCACUGCACCGAGAACUCGUACUUCUGCAGUCCUUCCUGUCAGUCGAUGCCGUCGACCAAGGUGGUCCCAGGGGUCGAAUUCACGACCUUCGAAGCGCUGCAAAAGGCCAUUCGCGAGGAUGGAGCGCGCUUCGGCGUCAAGAUCAACCAGCGGCAGACCCAUCUCAUGGACGACCGGGCGCUGGUCAUCUUUGGGCACAAGUCGAUCCAACGCGGUGUGUUUUACUGCUCCCAACUGCACUGCCCGUACACGCUGCGCUUCUCGUUCGACUUUGGGAAGAUGAGGUACUCGAUCCGACACACGUCGUUCCAUGGCGCCCACAACCACGGCAUCAAGAACACGAUGCACGCGCGGGGCAAAGGCAUCCCGUUUGACCACGAGUUCACGUCCAUGGACGCCCUUCCCGACGGCAUCGAGCGCUUCCAGUGCCGCCAUUGCCGAUCCGUGGUGUUGAAACGAGCGUCUAGAUUGACCCACCUCAAGGACUGCCAGCCGUACCGCGCCCACCUCGGCCUCGAUCAGAAUGACGAGGGCGACGACAGGGAGGAUGGAGCAGGAGGAGGUUCGAUUAACCAUGAACGACCUGGCAGCUCCGAGUUUCGGUACAUACCAUCGACGGAUGGCCAAACCAGCAGCCGACUCGAAUGCAAGCACUGCGGAGCCCACCUGAACCCAAAGACCAACCGCCUGCUCACCCAUCUGCGGGACUGUGCGGCUUACCAAGGCGGCGACGUGCCAUUGACCAACAUGAAUGCCGCUGCAUCGUCGAAUGUUCUUGACGACGCGCUGCCGCCGUCAGGUCCAGGCCGCUCGAGCGUGAGUCGCCUCGACUGCCGGUCACUCCAUCCAGACACAGACAUCCGCUCGGCUUUGGGGCAUCCCGUCACUGCGCCUGUGCGUAUUGUGGAGCCCCCUGAAUUGGACCGCCGCUUCGACCACUGGGGACUCUUCGAUCCGACUCGACCUGCCAAGCGCCUCCGCUCGGGCGUGCCCGCCACCCCCGCGCCGUCCGCGCACUUGGUCGGGCACUUUUCCCUGCAGCACUUGGACAUGAACAUCGGAGGCGUCCGCGUGCCAGUGGGGGCGAUGCACAGCCUCACGACUGACUGGCUCCACACCGGCACCGCCCCAGCCGCCCUCUCUCACUUUUUGCACGUGUGCCACAGCCAAAACCACGCCAUAGCCCUUGUACCUGCCGCCAUCCUCCACGACACCGCCACUUCUGCCCGUACGAUUGUUUACCAUACCAGUUUCGAUCAAACAUAUAUUCAAUGUAGGAGCCAUGGGUUUCACGGCAUUACCUCCGUGGUUCCAACACAUAUUUCCGAAAUCGGCAUUGCUGCUGUCUCAGGACGCCACGUACCCCCCUCACCUGCUGAGCGUCUUGGACGACGACGACGACGGGAACGAUGUGAUUGAGUGCCUCGCGCGGGUCGGUGCUUCCCGCCACGGUCGGCUCUUCCGCUCAUGUGACACCGUCGCGUCACCUUCGUCACUAUGUCACCGCCGCGUGGUGGGGUGCCGAGACCUCCGAGGCACGCUUCGCGGUUACUUUGUCUACAACUUGCAUCCGUCGACGCGAACGCUGACCGUGCAUGACAUUGUAUACGAAGACAUGCGCAUCCUCUCUGGUCUCUUGGGCUUCCUCGCGACGCAAGACGGCGCCGACACAAUCGCCCUGUCGACCCCGGACCCGCACUUCCCCCGCCUGCUGCGGCACCCCCCCACGUCCACAUCCGUGAACCACCCGCCUCCGCUGCUCGCACGCAUCGUCCACGUCGGUCACUUCCUUGCCACGCACAUGAGUGCGCGCAAUUUCAACUACGCCACCGGCAUCGUUCUCCAGCUACUAGUGCAGGACACCCCGACCAGUGGCCCUCCUCAUUCGUCCAAUACAUCGUUGGUCCUUCGCUUUGACGGCGGGCUCGUGCGCGUCCAAACGCCCACACCGGUGGACGCCUUCGACGCGCGGCUGCAACUCGACUUGGAGGCGCUGACGGCGCUCAUGCUGGGCGCUGUCCCCCUGGCAAAGUUGCUUCAGUUGGGGCAGGCCACGUUAACCCCCUCGGAUCCACGGACCUCACGGUUGGUAGCUCGCGCAUUUGAAGUCGACGACGUCCCGGCGACGCGGAUGCCGCACUGGAUGGAUUAAGCCGUGGAAAAAAAUAUUUCAAAUCAUUGAAAUUUCCAUAGGGAGAAUAAUUCAUUGCAAGGCGCUGGCAACUUGCAAUUUUUGAUUAUUGCCAUGGAUGCGAGAUCCAAGCAAAUAUUUAAUUGAUCGAUGUACCGCCAACAAUAUUUGAUCGUAC